AUGGAAGUUAUCGGCAACAAUUUUGUGGCUAUGGUGGAGAACUUGCAAGGCACUGGACUCGCCGUUACUUUGGUCAACAAUCCAAGAACUGGACUAUCAUUGGAUAGACGAACACUCCCACUUUCGAUGUCACCAAAUUUCCAGAAAACUCACGUGGUGUCUACUGUCCAGACAGAGAAGGAGAAAACACCGACGAUUAACAGCGGAAUACAAAGUUGCGAUGACAGAUUUGUCAGCAGUUACCAGGUUGCGCACUGCAAAUUUACACCCACGUCCCCUCCGCUAGCACCCACUGAGUAUCCACGGUUGCUAUCGACGACAACGGACAAGAAGACUGUUCGGUUGACCCAUGACGCCCACACCUUUGUUGAAAGCCUGAGGAAGUAUCCGCAAAACUUCACCCAACUCACCCGCUCGUCUGAACUUAUAGAAAAAGUACUAUCGGCUUCGCUGUCUAAACGAAUGAUAAAAGAACGUGCCAAGAGAGCGCAUUCGGCGCUCCGCAGCAGACUGACCAAGUGCAUGAACGGGAACGCCAACAAGGUUAUCCAGACUUACACGCGAAGCAAGAAAGAGAAGAAGAUCACUGGCAGCGAUGCGAUCCAUAACGCCAAGACAAAUACAGGGAAGCCUAACUUGUCACCAACUCCUGUAGAUGAGGGCUUACGUGAUGUUUCACCGCGGGUGCAGAGGAUGGGCCGUGUUGCUGAAGUCAGGUACCUGAACGACGUGAGGAAAUGUAUCCGAGACGCAUUCAGGCACGUGUGUGACAACGACGCAAAUUCUAGACGAUCGAUCAGCUUCGUCCCGCGAAUUAGGAAGUCAAAUAGUUCCACAGAAAUCUUUAAACAGAGAGGCUUC